GGUCACAUGACCUAAACUGGAACAAUGUUGUGGAUGAGCCAGUUGAGCAGAGCAUUUCCGACUUGUCUCUGUGCCGGUUUUUUUGUUUUCGAGGAUAUACUUUAACUGACCAUCUGCACUUUAAUUUUAGUUCUCUGUCAGAAUACAGAAGAAGGUUUUAGAGACUAACAUGGAGACAGGAAGCCGCUGGCUCGCUGCACUGUGGAUACUUUUCUUUGCUGUGUUGAGUCCAUGUGUUGGUUCCUCCAGCCCUCAACAGAUUGACCCUCUGAUGUAUGAAGAGCAGCUGCUGUGGGUGAGCGGGGCCCAGGGGGAAGUGAACACCUACAGGAUCCCGCUGAUCACCUUCACAUCCAAAGGAAGCCUACUGGCCUUCACUGAGGCCAGGAAGGGGUCGGCCUCCGACCUAGGAGCAAAGUUUAUUGCACUGCGGCGGUCAACAGACAAAGGAGCUACAUGGUCCCCGACCUCCUUUAUAGUCGAUGACGGUUUGAAGCCAGAUGGGCUGAAUCUGGGCUCGGUGCUUGUAGACGACGAAGUGGGCUCUGUGAUUCUGGUCUACGCAAUCUGCUUCCAUGAAUACCAAUGCAAACCUUCCAGCACCAUGAUGGUGGAGAGCCUGGAUGACGGCCUCAGCUGGAGUUCCCCCAAAAACCUGUCGGUUCAGCUGGGAGUGAAAGCCUUUGCUCCCGGGCCGGGCUUUGGGAUCCAGAAGCGCUUUAACCCAGCUAAGGGAAGGUUGGUGGUGUGUGGUCAUGGGACAUUGGCGGGAGACGGAGUUUUUUGCAUCUUGAGUGAUGACCACGGACGUACCUGGACCCAUGGCGGUGAACUGAAAAGCAUCCCUUACAACCAGCAAAAGAAAGCACUGGACUUCAACCCUGACGAGUGUCAGCCGAUUGAGUUGACGGAUGGCACCAUUGUCAUCAACGUUCGAAACCAGAACAACUACCACUGUCACUGUCGCAUAGUGGUACGCAGCCUUGACGGUGGGUUGACUCUGCCCAUAGACCAUCUGUACUUUGACACUGUGCUGGUGGAUCCUGCUGUAGCUGCUGGAGCUCUGCAGAAAGACGGAGUUCUCUACUUCACCAACCCCUCCAAUAAUCAACACAGAGUUAACCUGACCUUACGUUGGUCGCUGAGUAAUGGACAUUCAUGGGUAAAAGAAGCUAUGCAGAUUUGGGCGGGCCCAAGCGGAUACUCCUGCAUGACAUCACUAGACAGCGGCUCUGCAGAGGACCAGAAGUUCAUCUAUGUCAUCUACGAGAAGGGCCAUAAGGAUUAUGACGAGACCGUCUCAUUCGUCAAGAUCCACCUGUAUGGUGGCCGGUAGAGCAUGUUGGAGGAAGGUAAGCAAAUUCAAAUGUUGGAGUGAAAGGGAAACGGAAAGCUGGUGUUUACUUCCACAAACCUUCUCAGGAAAAUCAAAAUACUUUUUAAACUCACAUUAUGAUAUUGAAAAUGGGAAUAUGAGAGACUGAACACCAUGAAACAAUGAAAAGUUUGGUUUUUUUAACCUGUGAUUGUGUACAAAUGAAAUUUUCUGCAUAUUUUAACUUUUUUUUCUCUAAGAUUUCUAGAAUUAAUAAAGCCGCCAGUCUCAUGCUUAGACUUCAUGUGUAAUGGAUUGUAUGUCCAUUUUUUUGGGUGUGGGUUUUGUCCAAAAAAAACCGAUUUCUGUACAGCUACAAUCCUGUUGAGUUGCCUGUAUCUACACAAAGCAUGCACAUCAAGGUAUAAUUAAAUGUUCAAGAUUAGUUUCCAAGCAACAUAAAUUAAACUGUUUUGAAGGGGACGGCAACAUGUCGUUAUUAAACUAAAUGAUGACACUAAAUAUAUCAAACCACAGUCUUUCAUGAAGAAAAAUACUAAGGGCAUCAAUCGCAAAUUUAUCUUACAAACUGUCUGAUUUCACUGUAUGUUUGACGGUAGUGUGAAAAGAAUCCUAUUUCCCGAGAUAAUAUAAGAUACUUAAAUCUCUUUUAUGGGUCUGUGCUUGUAAAUAUAAUUGUUUCCUUAAUGUAAUGACAGUGCGGCAUUAAUAUGGUGACUGGAAUGGGUUCUACCAUUAUAAAUACAGAAAAUGUGUAAAAUAUUUUUUUUUAUGCCUUUUGUCAUGAGAAUGCACUUGUAUGGUAUUUCCUAUGGGGUUGUUGAAGUAUUUUAAAGUAAAACAACAGUUAUAAUGAGGUAUGAAGGAUUGAAUGUAUGUGUGAAAAUGAGAGAACAUCAUGUUACCAAAGUAUCCUCUUUUGGACUAAACUCCACUCAACUCAGAUUUAGAUAUUUAAUUACCAAAUAAAAUGUCAAACUUUUCCCUUUUAUUAAAGCAUUUCACACAGGGUAACAGUACAUUGAUUUCAUGCAAGACAUUAUCUGAUCUGUGCUAUCUGAGGAAUAAAUGUGUUUUGCAACGCUGAGCAGAUUUCCAUUGUCACGCAUGAUUUAGCAAGGCAACACUGACCUGAAUUCACAAAAAAUAUUCCAUCAAAGACAGCUUGGUGCUUUCAAUCUUACAGUUACAAAUUGUAUUUGUACAUUUCCCCUCUGUGGGAUGAAUAAAGGUUUUCUGAUUUUGA